CGUCAUACGCAACGGACAGUGCGCGCAAUUAACGGGACUAACGGGAGAAUCAUUUCUUCUUCUGCCUUUUGUUUUUCUUAAUCCUCUCAACUGGCGCAACUGAAAGAAACGUGCCAAAAAACUUAAGCACAACUAUAUACUUCGAAACCAAAGUGAAUGUCGAGUGCUGUGUGAGCGAGACAGAUAAAUUUACAGACAGAUACUGAGUGAGAGGGAGAGAGAGAGAGAGAAGUGCGCGAUUUAUUGCCGAUAAGAUUAAUUUAAUUAAAAACAACAACAACAACGAGAACAACAGACAUUGUCUUAGCUUCUUCAGUUAAGCUAUCUAUAAAAAAAAAUAGAUUUAAAACUUCGACGUGUGGUGUAAAUGUGAUUUAGUUUAGUUUCUGACGAAAAUGUAGACAGGCUGCAACACAGUAGCAGCAACAGGUGAACAAAAGGUGAACAACAGGUGUACAACAAAAACGAGAACAACAACGAGAACAAUUGGCAACGUGCAGAAGAAUUGCCGAGGCGAACCAAAAUGUACGUGGCCAACACAACAGGUGGCUUAAUGCUGCAGACGAUGCUCUACUUGGCCAACCACACGAGCCGCGCCGCAGUCAACACGCUGAUUGAUAUGCCACCGGCACCCAAAAGUGACAUUAACGAGGUGAAAUGCUUCGGCGUCUACGGCUGCUUUCCGAUCAAUGGGCCGUGGAACACGGUGACGCGUACGAUCAGCGUGCAUCCGCAGAAGCCGUCGGAGAUCGAACCGCACUUUACGCUGUACACGGAACGCUCCAUGGAGCAUGCCAAGUACAUUGAUCUCAACGAUCCGGACAGCGUGCAGGCCAUGGGCAUCAAUGCACUGGGGAAGCUCUACUUGGUGGUCCAUGGCUACUUGGAGUCGGGCGGGAUACCCUGGAUGCGGGAGAUGGGACGAACGCUGCUCAAUGAGUGUGCGGAGGGCGAGUGUGCUGUCAUCAUUAUCGAUUGGGGCGGCGGCUCGAGUCCGCCUUAUGUCCAGGCCGUGGCCAAUAUACGACUCGUCGGUGCUAUCACUGCCCACGUGAUUCACAUGCUGUACGAGGAGCUGCGCCUGCCCAAUCUGGACAAUGUGCACAUCAUCGGCCAUUCACUUGGGUCGCAUCUCUCCGGCUAUGCGGGCUAUCAUCUGCAGCAGGACUUUGGCUUGAAGCUGGGCCGCAUCACCGGCCUGGAUCCGGCUGCGCCACUGUUCACGGACACCGACACAAUUGUGCGACUCGAUCGAUCCGAUGCGAAGUUCGUGGACGUCCUUCACACGGACGCCAAUCCACUGAUGAAGGGCGGCUUGGGCAUCAUUCAGCGCAUUGGCCACGUCGACUUCUAUCCGAACGGCGGCUUCGAUAAUCCCGGCUGUGACAAGAAGCUGCAGGAUGUCAUGAAGAGCAACCGCAAGAGCACAUUCUUCAUGACCAUGCAGGAGUUCAUUGGCUGCAAUCACCUGCGCAGCGAGCAGUUCUUCAUGGAGAGCAUUUCGAGCAAGUGCCCCUUCCUGGGCAUCACCUGCGACUCGUACGAGAGCUUCAAGGAUGCAAAGUGCAUUAGCUGCGAUGAGCCGGGCCACCUGUGCAUGCGCAUGGGCUUUCACAGUCAGCAGGACUAUGAGGAGCAAAUGUCGCAGGGUCUGAUCAAGCCGAAGGAUCCGCCGCCUGUCUUCUAUAUGAUGACCAGCGAUCAUCACCCAUUCUGCCGGGCACACUACAGGAUAACGGUGCGUGUCUCAAGUCACGACGAGAGCACGCUGCAUGGCGGCGAGAUCGGCACCCUGUCUAUUCGAUUGCACGAGGAACGCAAUAAGAAGAAGACAACGGAACGCAUGAAGUUCUCCCCGAAGGCCAUGUACUUUGAGCCGGGCUUCGAUUACACAGCAUUGCUGCCUGGCCGCGACUUGCAGCAGCCGGGACAUGCCAGCGUCUACUGGGAAUACCAGACGAAUUUCCUCAAUCCGCUCACGUGGCGCAUCCUGUCCUCGCCGCGCAUCUAUCUCGAGUACAUUCUGAUCGAAUCGCUCGAGUUGAGCGAUCUGUAUCUGAAGCUCUGUCCGCUGCACGAGGGUGCCAUUCUGUCCGGUACGGAGAAUAUUCUGCAUACGCACUACUGCAAGGACUAGCCCGACCCAUUCUCCUUUAGCAAAAAAUUCGAUAGCUUUUCUCUGCUGCUCCCAAAAGCAGGCAACACAAAUUGCUUAGACUCAGUUAAGACACUCCGCCAGCCGCUUGGUUUGUGUCUUGGCUGAAGGCUGACUCAAUUAAGACACUUAACCAGUUCGUUUUGGCUGAGAACAGAAUGUAUGCAAAAGCUAUCAACACACCCAUACUUAGUGCCACUUGGCUUGUGUCUUGACUGAACGCAGUUUCAACUGUUCCCGCUUUUUGUGCUCAGCAGAGACACACACCCACACACUGAGCAGCAUUUUGUAUUUUAUUAUAGUAUUCGCACUUG